AUUAAAUGUAAAAGUGUGCGCAAUUGAGGAAGACAUUUUUCAAUAUGCUGUGAAGUUCUUGCAAAAUAGUGAGAUAUCCUUAUAAGAAUCAUAAAAACUCGGUUUGUGACUGUAAUUUUGCAUAAAAAAUAUAUUAUUAAUGCAUAAAUAUCGAAAAUUAAAUGAUUGGUAGUAAAAUAUUGGAAAAUUUCCCUUGCCUAUUCUACAUCGUGUACUUCGUGAUUCGUGACGGUCACCAUCGUUUCAAGAGCUGUGCUACUUAUAUGAAUUUCGUUGCCGUUUACGUUUUGACCCUUAUAUUUGUUUUUCCCUAUGCACUAAUUAAUUUCGUGUUGAUUUUUCAUUGUUGAUAAUUUUUAGUUUUACGCUUUUUCUCCCCUUAAGUUUUAAUAUAAAGUGACGGAAAGAAAAAGCAACAGAAAAAGACAAGUAGAAGAGGUGUUAAAAAAGACAAAGGAUAAAAAUUCAUUGCUCGUGUAAAAAAGAUUAAAGUAGCCGGAAAUAAGCAAUUUUUAAUCGAUUAAGCACAGUAGAGGAAAAGUGAAAAUCGCCUAUAUGGCAAACACGCGUAGUAAAAUUGAAGAUAAAACGAAUCAACGGGAAAUUGAAAAAAUCUUGUAUGCCGACGCACAGCGAAGAGGAAGAGAAAACUUCAACAUCACCAAUAUCGCCUAAUAGCAUCAAAAGAAAAACGAGAGCCCAGCCACCAGACGCCGAUAAACAAGAAGUACCAACGAAAAAACCGAUGCAUACCUUCAGUGAAACCGGUGCCGGUGUACCGGCUUUUUUAGCCAAGCUUUGGCGUCUAGUGGAUGAUCCGGAUACCAAUCACCUGAUUUGCUGGAGUAAAGAUGGUCGAAGUUUCAUAAUACAAAACCAAGCCCAAUUUGCACGCGAACUGUUGCCGCUGAAUUAUAAGCAUAAUAAUAUGGCAAGUUUUAUAAGACAGCUAAACAUGUAUGGAUUCCACAAGAUAACUUCAAUUGACAAUGGUGGCUUGAAAUUCGAUCGUGAUGAAAUGGAAUUUUCACAUCCUUGCUUCAAACGCAACUGCCCAUUUUUGCUUGAACAUAUUAAACGUAAAAUUGCAAACACAAAAAGUUUAGAUGACAAAUCUGGUUUGAAGCCUGAGGCCGUUACGAAGGUACUUCAAGAUGUUAAGGCAAUGCGUGGACGUCAGGACUCACUAGAUUCCCGUUUUUCGGUAAUGAAACAGGAAAAUGAGGCGUUAUGGCGUGAAAUAGCGUCGCUACGACAAAAACAUGCCAAGCAACAGCAAAUAGUAAAUAAACUCAUACAGUUUUUGAUUACAAUUGUACAACCAUCGCGCAACAUGACCAGCGUGAAACGCCAUAUGCAGUUAAUGAUUCAUGAUACCCCGGAGAAUGCAAAGCUACGCAAGAAAAGCGAAUCUGAAUCCGAAUGCGGUCCAGUUAUUCAUGAACUCGGGGAAGAGCUUCUUGAUGAAGUAACCGAUCCCGAUAUUGAUUUAAUGGAGGCAGCAAGUCCAUAUGGUAAGCUGACACCAGCUACUGAUGUCGAAAGCGGUGGUUCACCUCUAAAUAUGGAGCGUCCCCAUUCGAGCAUUAGUAUGAUAUCGCAACAUUACGAAUACUCGAAUCAGAGCGCAGAAGAUGCUGUUAAUACAGCAAUGAAUGCCGCUGGUGGCAUGAAUUUAGGUGGAAGCGACGCUACCAGUGCCAUGUGCUCGCAGAAAGUAGGAGCAGGCGCGGAUUCGUCAAUUAAACAGUCCGUAAAUCCUGAUGGAUCGCAUAUUUUCUAUCACGUCACUGAGGUUCCUGAUGCUAUAGAUGUGCAUCAGAAUGACAAUUUGCCGUCAGCAUCACCAAAUUAUAGCGAGGAAAACGUACUGACCACGCCCAUGGUGCGGGAACAAAUGGCGCGCUCGAAGCAGCUUAAACAAAGAAACAAGCGACGUCGCAAACAGGCUGAUGCUGAGGGAGAAGCAGCCGGCAUCACAACAACAUCGACCACCCAAAAUACUGGUGCAAAACGCCUAUCACCAACACUGAUUAAGUCCGAAAAGAUCGAUCCAAUGUCAUUUUUAAAUGUGUUCACAGAGGAUCAACUCAUGGGACCCGAAAAUCGCCACAUUUCGUCAACUCUUAAAGAUGAAUCUCAUUCAUCGAACGGAAGCAAUUCUGGUAUAUUGAAUACUGGUAGCAUAGUCACUGCUGCAAUGUCGCCAACGGGCCCUGUUAAUGACGACGCAUUACUCGUCCGUGGAUCCCAAACAACAAACUUCUACAAUCCAAAUGAAUUUAUUACUCCUGAAAUGCCUGCUGAUAUAUUUGAGGAAUCGUCAUUAAUAUCUUCUGAACCGAGUGGCUAUAAUCAGCAGCCGCAUCACCCUCAAAAACAGCAACAGCAGGGCCAAUUAGGACGUUCAACGGUAAAUAGUGGCAAGUUCUCCUCGUUUGUAGCGCGCAAUAACAACAAUGGCAACGGCGCGGCAUCACCGUCAAACGGAGCUUCGACAUCUGCCGCAGCCGCCGCCAUUGCUGCUGCUGCUAAUCAAUUUUCCAACGGCGGCAAGCAGGCCAGCAACAGUGGUACUCUUGUUUCCUCACAACGAAAGAGUACUAAUGGCAACAAUAUGUCUUUAACCAAAUAUAAAAAUGGUGGCCCUGGCAAUGAAGAAAUUAUGAGGUUGAGUACUACGGAUGAAGUUAAUGGCCACUUGGAUAAUGUUCAGGAUGAAUUGGAAUCGCUUAAGGAUUUACUGCGCAGUGAUGGCUAUUCAUUGGAUGCCAACACUCUUUUGGGCACCGGAGAUGUCACAAAUACGAAUCCAAGUAACCGAAUUUCCCUCUCAUCACAACUGGAUGGGGACUUUCUUACCAAGCUUUUCAAUGAUUCCGACAUUUUAGGACCCUAUGGUUUGAACUUUAUCAACGAAGCGAACAAUGAUAAGAAGGGCUCAGAGCUUAUGUCCUACCAACCCAUGUAUGACUUAUCUGAUAUUAUCGAUAUCAAUGAUAAAAACGAGCUAGAAGCUGUUGACCAAACGAAUAGGCCUAGCAGCUCGCGUCAAUUGCAACAGGUUGAGCAGCAGCAAAGGGAGCCACCUAGCGUCCUCAAUACACCGUACAAUGACUAUUUCACCAAUACAGUCGAACCCGUUGGUACACUUAGGAAAAGUGAACCAGCACCCAUUGGCAACCAAAAAACAAAGGACCUUAAUUAAGACACUGUCGAUACUUUGUACAUGAAAUUAACACCGGCGUACAUGAUGUAACAAGACGAGAAAAUUAAUUCCAUUGAAA